AGAAGAGAAGCAAUGCUGAGUAGCUGUCAACACAGGGAACUGCUGACAGUUAAGAGAAACAUCAGCUGAAAAAUCACAUUAGUUAGUUUUGUAAGGGACGCAACGAGUGAAGGCUCGUCAGAUCCAAAUCUAAUCAUGGUUUCCAUCGAACAUGUAGCUCACAAAAUACUGACCUACAUGCCCUAUGUUCUUGUUUUGAUUGACAUGAGAUAUGAAGGAGUGAAAUGUGGCAGAGAGGGAAGUGUGGACAAUCAUAUGGAGAUGGGGAAGAAACUGCUUGCUGCUGGCCAGCUAGCCGAUGCCCUAUCUCAUUUCCAUGCUGCUGUGGACGGAGAUCCCAAGAACUACAUGGCCUUCUAUAGGAGAGCUACUGUGUAUCUGGCUAUGGGGAAGUCAAAAUCUGCACUGCCAGAUUUGAGCAGAGUCAUUGAACUCAAACCAGACUUCACAUCUGCACGACUUCAGAGAGGAAAUCUACUUUUGAAGCAGGGGAGACUGGAUGAAGCAGAAAGUGACUUUAAGAAGGUGCUCAAGUCCAACCCCAGCGACAAAGAAGAGAGGGAAGCCCAGAGUCAGCUGACAAAGUCAGAUGAAAUUCAGCGGCUGGUGGCUCAGGCUCGCAGCAGCUUCAACAGCAAGGAUUACGUGACAACUGCCAACCAGCUUAACACUGUCAUUGAGACUUGCAUUUGGGAUGUUACCUCUCGUGAGAUGCGAGCAGAGUGUUUUAUUCAGAUGGGAGAGAUGGGAAAGGCCAUCAGCGACCUUAAAGCUGCCUCUAAAUUAAAGAGUGACAAUACCCAGGCCUUCUACAAACUCAGCACCAUCUACUAUAACCUUGGAGACCAUGAGAUGUCCCUCAAUGAGGUGCGCGAGUGCCUAAAGCUGGAUCCUGAUCACAAGCAGUGCUACAGCCACUACAAGCAGGUCAAGAAGCUCAACAAACAGAUCCAAUCUGCAGAGGGACUCAUCCAAGAGCAGAGGUAUGAAGAUGCAGUGAGCAAAUAUGAGGCGGUAAUGAAGACCGAGCCCAACGUGCACCAUUUCUCUCUUCUUGCCAAGGAGCGCAUCUGCCAUGCACUGGCGCAGAACCAGCAGGCUAGCAAAGCUAUCUCAGUGUGUAGUGAAGUCCUGGAGUCAGACCCGCACAAUGUCAACGUGCUGAAGGACAGAGCUGAGGCCUAUGUCCAAGAAGAGCAGUACGAGGAAGCUAUUAAGGACUACGAAAGUGCUGCCCAACACAGCGAGAAUGAUCGCCAGAUCAAAGAGGGCCUGGAGAGAGCUCAGCGACUUCUCAAACAGUCUCAGAAGCGGGAUUAUUAUAAGAUCUUGGGAGUGAAGAGAACGGCCCAGAAGAAGGAGAUUAUCAAAGCUUACAGGAAACUGGCACAGCAAUGGCAUCCAGACAACUUCCAGGAUCCAGAGGAGAAGAAGAAGGCGGAGAAGAAGUUCAUAGAUAUCGCUCAGGCUAAAGAGGUUCUCACUGACCCAGAGAUGAGAACUAAGUUUGACCACGGAGAAGACCCGAUGGACCCAGAGAGCCAGCAGGGUCACCGUCAUCAUCACUUCAAUGAAGGCUUCCACAACUUCCAGGGUUUCAAUCCAUUCGGCUCCGGACCCUUCAACUUUAAAUUCAACUUCAACUGAAGAUGUUUACAUCAGGAACAGCUGGACGGGACUUUUUUUCUUUUCCUUCCUAUUUAAAGGGGAGAACACCGGCACAAGGAAUGUCGGUCCAGACCAGUAGUCUUACAAGAAUAUGAAGCAAAUGGUGGCUUCAGUUCAAUGACCUUUAAGUAAAGAUGCAUCUUUGUUGUUGAUUGAUACAACUUUGAAUUCCGUUCGGGGAACGUCUGUUGCUAUGCAAACAAAUAUCUGCCACGUGUGAAGCAGCUUUUAUCCGUCAUGAGUAAGUGGUUAAUUCCACAUUACAUCCUUUCCAUGUAUUGUACACUCUAAAACUCUCAUCCAUUCAAAAGAAUCGAUUUGUACAUAGGUACAGUGCUAUUUUUAUAUGAAUGGAGUUUUUCUGAACUGUAAAUAAAGAGCUAUUUAUGUACAUUAAAU